UUGGGGCGUAUAAUUUCCAAACUUAGGCCUCUUGUUGAAACCAAACACAGAGCGGCAGAAAAAACAUUGGAGAUCCAAAAGAAUCAUAAUGGCGGUAUCUGUUACUAGGAGACGUGCUGCUUUGAGUCUGCGCUAUAGGACCUGCAUGACACCCGGUUUGAUUUAUGCACAGUUUCAAGCGAAAGGUCAUGAUCAUUGAGCGCUGAAGUAUACAAAAGUGCAAAUACCUGCAGGUAUACAAAACGCCUUUUUGACGGUUAUCAAGAAAAAGAUAUCUCUGCUGCAAUAAUGAAAGAAGCAUUUCUAUAAUUCUGGAAAAUCUUUUAUAUGGAAUGGAAUUAUAAGAUUGCUCCACGGAAUGGAUUGGAGAGUUUUAAAAGUUUAAUGCAUGUUGAUUUAGAAAGACUUUGAAAACACAAAAGUACGAUGUUCGAUCAUACCAGAAAAUGGAUUUUAAACACACUCUUCUGUUACUUUGUUAUCUCUGCAACAUUUCUAUUAGUCGCAGCAAGUAAUGAAGAAGAUGAUUUACUGGACGAAAUAAUACCUCAUCAUGUUUACAAGAGAAAAUUUACAAACUCUUCUCCGAAACGUCAGUCGAUUAUGACACCUGACUUCGGACAAGGCGAGCAGUUUUUGCAGCAAAUGCCACAGGGUGGAGUGUCUCAAUUUGCCGGGGGACCAGCAGAGGAACUAACAGACAAAGCUAUGCAAAUGCCUGGGGCAAUGGUACAAGGUCAGAGUUUCGGCCAAGAAGCAAUUGACCCCCUGCAGGGUUUUGCGGAACAAGGCCAAGCACAAGAAAUGCAAGCACUAGGCCAAACCCAGUCGCCGGUGACACAGCCGGGGGGCUCCUUCGAACAAGGAGUUACGCAGCAGGUAUCAGAUGGAGGUGUUGUCACAGAAAUGCCUGAAAACGCGAAGAACUUUAACGAAAAUGCGGCAAUCGAAACAACGCUAUCCAAUAACGGAUUUCGAGUAACAACAGACACAAAGGAGAAAGCGAAAAAUUUCGCAAAGGAUGUUAAGAACUUUGGGUUAUGGGAAUAUUCGUCGGAUAACACAGCGGCCUCGACGGACCAAACGGCGAAAAUACUUCAAAGUAAGCUGGAAGAAGAUGAUGCAUUGCUUAAGGGGAAGGAUUCGGAAAGCUUAAGCACAACACAAGUCGCAAAUGCACAGGGAACCAAAGUGGAUGAUUUGCUGAGUCUAUUUAACAAAAACCCAACAGAAUCAUCGCAAUUCAAGGGGCUGGAAAGUCUACAGGAGGCCAGCAAAGGGCUGGAAGCAAUAGAUUCUGCCACCAAAGGGUUUACGGGCCUUGGGGUGAACGAUAAAAGUUUAAGUUUUUUUGGUGGGGACAAAAAUGUUGAUGGAAGUUUAUCAUCGUUGUCAAAUGAUGUGGCAACCUUAGAAUCGGCGCUGGGCAACCAGGGGUUGAAUCUUGGUGGAGGAAGCAGAACACCGGAGGCUGUUUCCGUUGUAAACAUACCGAAUACAUAUAGUUUAGAAGACGAACAUGGAAACUCGUUGGACGCUAAGGCUGCAGGGGUAAGCGGAAAUCACAAACCUGACAAGUCAAAAACAAUGCGGCUUCUAAAAGCCUUACUAAAAAAGAAGUUACGGGCGCAAGCAGUUAAGAUGCUUUUGAAACAGAAGGCUCUGAGGGCUGCGCAAAAGUCACGUGCAAAACCAACGAAAAAUCUGAAGGAGCAGUUGGCAUUGUUUUUGAAGCAAAAGGAGCUGGGAACUAAGGAGGAGAAAAGUAACGAAAAAGAGGAUGCUGGGAAGGAUGAGGCAAGUGGAGAAAAAACUGAAGGUGUGUCGGAACUUGAUCUUAAAUUGCUGAAGUUCAUUAAAAAUAUGCUGAAAAAGGGAGCGAAAGAACAGAAAGGAAUUGGUGAAAAUCAAAUGACUCAAUUCAUGACUGCGUUGGAAGCUGUUCAGAAAGGGAAGGGAGAUGACGCAAAGCCAGAGGACAAUGGAAAGAGUGGUGAUAAGGGCAAAGAAGGUAAGGAUUCUGAAGCCAGCAAGAAGCCUCAAAAGGCUGUACAAAAAGAAGAGGCCGCAGAGGAAGGAAAAGAAAAACAAAAGGACGAUGGGGAGGAAUCCAAACCAGAAGAGAAACAAAAAGGGAAACAAGAAGAUAAACAAAAAGAAAAGGAAGAUCUUAAAGCGAAGAAAUUAAAGGCAAUCAAGACUCUUUUGAAACAUAUGAAGCCAACAACAAGAUCAAGCCAUGGGUUCUUUUUCGAUCCAGAACAACCACUGAGUGAAACUGGUGGACUGGCGCCCAAUUCCUUGAUGAAAUACCUGGAACACGAGUCCGCUUUGCUAAAUCAAUUCCAAGAAGGAAGUCAAAUUAGUGAUCCAGCAGCGCAGUUCAAACAGUUGGCAAAGCUGAUGAUGAAAGCAGCCAAUAACGCUAAAGGAAAAGACGCGUUGUUGAUUCGAGGAGGACGACUGUCAGCCCUACAGGGAGCUUGGCACAGAGUGAUGAUGAUAAAAAGAAAGAAGAUGAAAGUGCCAGCAAGGACACUAGCAGUAAGAAGACAGAGGGUAAAGAAGAAGAAAAGGAGACAGAAAGAGGGUGAAAAGAAGAUUGAGAAAGAAAAUGGAAAGGAUGCAAAUGGUGACACGGGAAAAGAAAGCAAAACUGAAGAAAAGAACGAGAAAAGUGAAGGCAAAAAAGAAAAUUCAAAGAAUGGAGACAAAGAAGGAAAUUCAUUGAAUGACUCUAAGGCAGAAAAGGAAGACAAAAAAGUGAGCUUUACAAAAGAGACAGGAAAACCGGAGGAUUCCAAGAAGGAAGAUGAUGAUAAGAAGGCUUCUUCAAGUAAACAGGAAGAAAAAACCAGUAAAGUGAAGGAAGGAGAGUCAGAAACAAAAUCUGGAAAAGAAGCAGAUGAUGGAAAGAAAAAUGAAGAAAAAGUAAAGGAAAAUGAUAGCAAAAACAAAAAAGAAGACGAGAAAGAAGAAAAUUAUAAGAGCAGUAAUAAAUCCGAGGAGGUGAAGGAAGUUAAGGCAGUUCCAGAAAUAGAUGGGGCAAGGACUAAUAAGAAACCUGUGGAGAAGAUGGAUGGGAAGGCUGAUAAAGAAAGUGACAAGUCUUCAAAGUUUAAUGAUAGCAACGAAAAGAGCGAAGAGAAAACAACUAAAGACGGUGAAAGCAAAACUGAUGACGAUGAUAAAACGAAAAAGGUUAAAAAAUUGCCCGAGAUGACGAAGUUGAGAAAUAACAAAAAGAUUGUUAGCAAAAUAAACAGUGCAACAGAAAAUGAAACAGUAUCGUUCAAAGAAGAGGAUGGCAAAAAGGAGACAGCUAAAGAGCACGGAAGCAGUUCUGCUAGUCACGAGGAUUCUGUGUUGAAGGAAGCGAAGUUAAAAGAAGAGAUGAGAGAAACUGAAACCGGAAGUAAAAUAGCGGAAGGUCAGAAGAGUGUUGAAAAGAGUGAAGAGAAGGAGAAUCGUAAAAUCUAUGGUAAAGAGGAAAGUGCAGAGAAUAAAAAUGCAGAAGGAAGCGAGGCUCAUAGCAAACAGGAAAAGGAGUCAUCAGAACAAUUCGACCUUUACGUAUCAAGUAAAGGAAAAAGUAAUUCAGGUUCUGAAAGAACUGGAGGCACAACCGAUUCUACGAUUUCUGAGAGCAAUAAUCUAAAACCACAGCUUCCGUUUUUAAAUCCAGGAAAUGCACAUUUAGAUGUACUUGAGAAUGACGCAGGAUUAAAACAAUACUUGCUUAAGAAAGGGAGCAAGACGGGAUCCUUGCAGAGCAAACAGUCAGAUGAAUCAGAGAGCUCAAAUGAAAACAGGCUUCUGCAGCUUAAAGACAGAACUGCUGCUACUAAGAAUAAUAUUGAACACAAAACUUCACAAUACAAUACUUUAGGGAUGCAGCAGGGGGUAUAUACUCAUAAAGCACGACCAAACGCAGUACCUCCUGCUGGUCAGGGAAUCCCUAUUAACAGUUACGGCAAAGCAAUUAAACCAUUGUCAAGGCUUCAACUGAAGAAUAAACGAAUUGAGGCUUUCAGGAAACUUAUGCGGGAACGAAAUCGACACAACGCAAACAAAGAGGUAAUGGAAAGUGGCUCAUUACGUCAUAUUGCACCACUUCUAGCCGACCGCCUUGUGGAUGCUCCUUCAGUGCGGUUAGCAGCGUUGGCGAGAUUGAUUUCAAUGGCGAAAUACCAUCACAAAAUGAUUGACGUGGUGGCUUCAAAGAAAACACUACCAUCGUCAAAAUAUCCACUAGAGAAGACCAGCCAAAUGUUACCUAAGUCAGUUGAGUCAGCUGAUUUGUCGUCGGAUCUCAUAAAGCCUGCUGUUGAAUUACCAAGAAUGACCACUGGAACCAAGUCUUCAUUUAUACUGACGCCAUCCUCCAAACCAACUGAAAGCGAAUCGCCAGAGUCGAAGUCCAAAGUACACAUGAUCAACCUUCGAUUGCGAGCAAAUUCUGUCCUAGUUCCAUCAAGGACUUACGAUACAGAAACAUCGAAUCUCAAAUCCCUGCUGCAUGAAACCGAGUCAGCUCCAUCUGCAGUGGGAUCGAGACUCAUAUCGAAAACAACCCUUGAAGAAACAAAUAACCGCGUGGAUCCAGCUGACGUAACUCGGUCGCGGUUGGCAAAACCAAGUGAAACAUCAAUCGUCCAAGCUAUGAAAAUAUUGGGAGACAAAGAAACAAGCAGCGAUGAAAAGGAUAAUGUAGCAAUCAAAGAUGCAUCUAGUUUACACGAAGAACAACAUGGAGGUACCGAGAAAACGUCCGAAAAAGGACAUGCAACUAUAAUGAACAGUUUUUUCAAGAAGCCGACAGCCAGUAUGCGAAAUUCAUUGACAGAUCUUUCUAGUACUAUGAAUUUCAAUAAAAAAAGACUAAUAGUAUCCCCACCCACGGAUAUGGAAAAGUUUUUUGGAAAAUUAAGUAGUCCGGGUUUAAAAGCUAGAAGUUCGGUUCAUGAGGAGGAAGCUGGGAAAGCUUUGAUCCGGAAAGCGGAUACCAAAAACAUUGUAAGGACAUUAAAAGCGGAUACUGAAACUGCUAAUCUAAUGCUAAGAAAGCGGAGUAGGAUUCCAAGAGCUAGAAGUAUGAAGCGGUUUAAUUAUCUGAAAAGGCGGGUAUAAAGGCUACAAAGUCGGAUACUCAAUUCUGCAAUGAAAUCGACCGGAACAGGUAGCAAGCCUUACAAAAAUGGAACAAUGCACACUUCACACACGCCAUCAUCCAUGCAAUGCAUAGUGAUGUCUAGCAAAGUCAUUUCAAACCGGAAACGGCAUCCGAAACCGGAAUCUUAUUUCAAAACCAGAGGAGAGAACCUGGACGACUUCCUAAGUCGGUAGCAUCAUUGCUUUUAUAUAGAAUUCCGAUUGUUAAACAGUAUACUGCCUAACGAUAAAGCAGUGCAUACGGGAUAAAGUACUGUCCCGGUCACUUGUCACUUAACGUCCCGCGGAAGGAUCAAUUUUUGUAAACAAAACAUCGUAGAUGACUUUGUAAUUCCAAGCAAGAAGCACAAACGCGAAAACAAGCAACAAUUUAGGCGGACCAUUCCUAAUAAUAAAACCGGAAAACAAAAGCAAACCGGAAUUUGUUACAUGAUAAAAUAAUGUUAGUUUGACGGUACAUUCUGGUAAUUUCGAAUACAGGGUGUGCCUGUUGUAUUUAAAAUUACGUUACAUAGUUUGUGGGUUUGGAUUCCCAUUGAAAAGAACGUUGUGGCAGAUACCUUUAGGGACUUAUUAAAAAGAAUCAAAGUUUAUUUAGCAAUAAUUAGAAAAGGCUAAUAACCAUUCAUGAGCAGUGUAGCAAGAUCAAUCUCCCAUGGGGUAUGGCAUGAAACUGCUAAAUUGCCAACGCGCUUCAGCCAAGGGAAGUAAAAAAUUUCCUGCUUCUUUCCGCUGACGUACGAUCUGACAAUCAGGAAGAAAGUUCUAGAACUAGUUACACACAUCAAUACCCAAAACCUGAUGAAAUCUGGGAAUCAAAUACCCAUUACCCAUGCUUGCAAAAAAUUAGUAAUUAGUAAUUAGAAAUGGUUAUCAUAUAACUGUUAAAGAAAUUUGGUAGAGGUGUUAUUUGUUAGACUUUCAUUGAAAAUCAAAAUAAUUGUUUGUAAAAAGAGAACAAAAAACAAACCGUUGGCAGCAAAACCCAAGUAUGAUUUUAGACAAUAUUUCUUCAAAUAGUCUAUAUAUCUAUGUUGAUGUGUCAAAUUUUAAAUUGAUCACAAAAGUUCGAGGGGCGUUUCACUUUUCCUCUCAAAAUGGCUAAAGGACUCUGGAAAUUGUUCUUUUAAGUCUGCACGUAAGUGUUUGUUGUUGAUUAGCAAAAUCUAGUAAAACUUUAGUGAAAGCCAAAUGUAGUCGUUUUUAUACGAGUUAUAUUUGGAUAUGUAUAUAGCUUCCCAUUCAAAACAAAUCUUACAAAGGAAAUGCAGUAAUUUUAAACUGAACUUUUAUUUUCAAAUUAGAGUAUUUUGUAAAA